ACACACUACACAUGAGUCCACUCGAUUGUGUUCACCUCUGAAUUACCUUUCCGUCUCGUAGUAGCCACACACUGUUCAGUCGAGACCGAGCUCAUCCGCGAGUUAGUUGAUUUUUCUCAUUCAAAUUCAAAAUGGCCGAUGUACCAAAGCGUGAAGUAGAAAAUGUCGAAUUCGUAUUCGAGGUUAUGGGCUCACCCAACGAGGGUAUUGAUGCCUAUGAUCUUGGUGAUGCUCUCCGCUCACUGAAUCUUAACCCAACUCUGGCUCUUAUUGAGAAAAUGGGUGGCACAAAGAAACGUGGCGAGAAGAAACUCACAAUCGAAGAAUUCCUCCCAAUCUACUCUCAAGUCAAGAAAGAGAAAGAUCAAGGCUGCUACGAAGAUUUCAUUGAAUGUUUGAAAUUGUACGACAAGGAAGAAAACGGCACCAUGCUCCUCGCUGAACUUUCACAUGCCCUCCUUUCCCUUGGUGAGAACUUGGAUGAUGAACAAGUUGAAGAACUUUUCGCUGACUGUAUGCCCCCAGAGGAUGACGAUGGCUUCAUCAAAUAUUCCCAAUUUGUCGAGAAAUUGAUGAGCGAACCAAUCGUCUUCGAGUAAACUCAUUCCUCGCUAAAAUGUGCGAUAGAACAGAUAUAACAGAGUAAUAAUAUUUGUCUCAGCGAAAACGAAAUUAAAAACACCAAUAUCAACAACAACAACAUCAGCAGAUUACAACAAUACCACCUUUCUCCAAAUAUUGAUGUUUAUCCAUCCAUUAUAUUUAUUUACUCAAUUAUUGCUUCUGCUACUUCUACUUCAGCUGUCAUCGAGAAGGGAAACAAGAACUCUUUAAAAACAUAAUAUUAUUUAAACAAACACAAAAAAAAAUUUAAUUAAAUAUAAAUUUUAUAAAAAACA